AUGAGUCGAAUAGAAACCAUGGGAUCUGAAGAAUUGAUUGAUAAUGUUGAGGAGUUGCAAAAAAAAUUUGAGAUAGAAAUUAAAACUUUGGCAAGUAAAUACAAUGUCAAACCUGAAUUUAUUACAAAUAUGAUGAAAGACUUUCAAGAUUCUGAUCAGUCUAAGAAAAGAAAAAUUUGUGGCUAUAAUUUGUUUCAGAAAGAUUGGUGGAAAAAUAAUAAAAAUGAUUAUAAUAUAUUAUCAAGUAACACACAAAGUGCAUGUGCAACAGAAUGGAAUGUUUUAAAUGUAAAUGAACAAAAUAUGUAUAAAGAUAAAGCAAACAAUGUUAAUGAAGAAACUAGUAAAAUUGAAUAUAUUGAAAAUGAAUCUGCAAAAUACAAAUAUUUAAACAAAAAAAUUAAACAAAUGCGAUCUGAGUAUCAUUUAUUAAAUAAAAUGUGUGGCGUAGAAAUAUUAUCAUUAAUGGUUUCCAAUAGGUCUCGGAUGAUUCAAAGUUCUUUUGGAACCCAUAUAGCUGAAAAAUUCUUUAGAAAUUCAUUCACUAUUGAUAGUGUUGUUGAUCAUUUUCAUGCUUUCUCAUUAACUAAACAUCAUGAAAAUGUUGAAAUUAUUUCAAAGCUCAAUAACAAUACAACAUCAAAUAAUCACAUUUCAAAUAAAAAAGAAGCUGAUAUAAUUGAAAAUGAUGCUAUUAAAAGUCAUAUUGGUCAAAUUAAUAGUUCAAACAUUAAUACUAUAUUUGCUAGAGAUUUAAUAAGAAGUUUUUUGAAGUCUGCAUUUUUUCGAGAUACAGGUAUGAAAAAAAUACCAUAUAAAAAUUGGUAUAAUCAAAACAAAUUUCAAGUAUAUGGAUGGCCUACUGAUAUUUUGUUUAAGGAUUUUAUUGAACUUAAUGAGUCACAAAGAUUAAGUGUUUUGAACUCUUUAUAUAAUAUUAAAUUUAAAAAAAUUUAA